AUGUGGCGUUUAGCGCCACUAGUGAUAAGGCUGACAGCCAUGUCACUGGUGGCGCUAGCGGUGGCGGAGAGCGGCGUUGGGCGUGAUACGGAGGUAACUCAGGCGCCGCCGACGCCUGCGCGUGCGCCGCCUCCCUCACCGCGCCCCCGCCCCGAGCGCCGUCAACGCAACCGUCGUCGCACUACCACAACUACAACGACCACACCCGAACCAGACGAAGACGAAGAGGACCAUACUACACCCAUGACCACUACUACAGUCGACCCCAGAACUUUCGAUCACACUGACGUGGGCAGUUGCGCUGUGCCGCUCGGUAUGGAGAGCGGACUCAUCUCAAAUGAUUCCCUAUCAUCCAGCUCUAGCUACGACCAGAGUGUCUCACCGCUCAGUGCCAGGAUCCGUACAGAAAUCCGUGGAGGUGCAUGGUGCCCCAAUGGACUGAUUCUUCCUAACAGUCGCCAAUAUCUGGAGAUAGACCUACGCGACGAGUACCUAAUCACGGGUACUGAAUCGCAAGGUCGUUUCGCUAACUCCGUUGGCGUAGAAUUCGUGGAGUCCUACUCACUGGAAUACUGGCGCAGGUCGCUCAACCGUUGGUUCAAGUAUAAGGAUUUCAACGGAAGCCGGCUUAUACCAGGAAAUGUGAACACAUACACACCGAAGAAAUCGACAUUAGAAGCCCCAUUCGUAGCGUCCAAAGUUCGCUUUUUUCCGUAUGCUGCUCACCCUAGAACUGCCUGCAUGCGAGUGGAAUUAUAUGGAUGCCGCUGGAAACAGGCGUUAAUUGCAUAUUCGGCGCCGCGUGGGGGUGAUAUGCAAGCUAUGACCGGGGGGGCAAGAUUCGAAGAUCUGUCGUAUGACGGUGUCAUGCGUGAAGGGAAAUUAAUGGACGGCCUCGGUCAAAUGACUGACUCGCUCCUUGGACCAAAUGAUUUUGAAUUACCAGAUCCCAAUGACACGCGAGGAACUCGCUGGGUGGGCUGGAAUAAGUCGAUGCUAAUAGACGACGAAGUAGAGAUAAGGUUUAACUUUAGUACUCCUAGAAUUUUAUACCACAUUGAUAUACAUACGAAUAAUAUGUUCACCAAAGAUGUUCAGUUAUUCAAAGAAGCUGAGGUGUACUUUUCGCUGGAGGGCGAGAGAUGGCAGGAGGAUUAUAUAUCGUACGAACCGAAGCAGGACCGCGUGUCGGAGCAUGCUCGCACCAUCCACAUCGACCUGCAGAACCGCACUGCGCAGCACAUCAAGAUCAGACUCAAGUUCCAACACGAGUGGAUCCUCAUCAGCGAAAUUACUUUCAAAUCAAUACCAACCGUCGUGAACGCGUCUGCCGAGUUCCUGGAAGAUUAUUACCGGACUGACACGCCGCCGUCAUCACGAAAGAAACGAAACUCAUCAAUUAGGGUGUCUUUGGGGCUUGCCUGCGGAGCACUGGUUGGAGGAGGAGCGUUCAUCGCCGCUACAGUCGUGCUCGUCAUUAAAAGGAACAGAAGGCGAGUCCCCAACAUGUUGAAGAAACCCUUCUGUCCUACUCUGAGAAACAAUUCGAGCGCGAGAAACAAUCGAAGAGCACCACGGUUAGCGUUGGCUUUAGCUAACUGUCCGCCUAUACAUAUGCUGAGGCCGGCGGUGGUGGACGAGGAUUACCGCGAACCCUACAACAUCUGGCGCGAGACUCUCGGCCGCCGCGACAAGCGUGAAACAAACGAACAAAACGAAUAUAACGAAAUUUGCGAAGAUCCGGAGUUUCCACGACAAUAUAUGAUGAAGCGACCCGAUCCCCACGAAAGUUUUUACGCUGCAACGGACAUUAUACACCAUACGUACCCGGAAGAACAUGGAGGGCGACGCGAUCGCGCUCCACCAGGACUCUUCACCUCCAUCAAACUGCCAGAAGCGGAGCCCCCAAACGGAGUUGCGCCCCUGCUGGACUUCCCGCGGGGGCGCAUAAGACCAGUUACUUUGCUAGGGGAAGGCCCUCAUGGCACUGUCCAGUUUUGUAGAGGAGGAUUCAUCAAUGGAUGGGGCCAUAGAAAGCAACACUGGAUAAUGUUUUUUCCCUUCUUCUUUAUAAAUAUGAUUGUAUUCCUUGAACAGUCCUCUUUUUGUCCUAUUAAAAUUUGCCGCCAUUUUGGCGGGAGGAGAAUUUUCCCGAAUUGUGGCUUUUCUUUUGGUGGCAGAAAUCCUGCCACCACUGUCGUCAGUCAUCACAAUUGAAAACUUAGAUUGAAUUGACCAAUUGAGUCUAGGCAAAAUAAGUUAUAAAAGAAGUAAAAAGGGCUAAUAAAGAAUUUCUACAAAUUAAUUUUGUAAUUUGCGCCCGUACACUUCAAAGUUCGCGCCCUUUUUUUUCAGUGGUAUUAUUCUUUUUCUUUUUUCUUUUUUAUAAAAACAUAAUAAAACCUCAACACCCCCUUUCAAUGUUAACUUCUCUAAGUUAAGAGUGCACAUAUAAAGUAUUGGAGUUCCAUCAAUGAAAUUAAUAAAACUUUCUCA